AUGGCGCCUAUAAGAUUAACAGAAUCAAGAUCGGCCAUAAAUGAAUCCAGCGAGGCUAUAUUUCGGUCCGCCCCUAUGACGUUGGUGCAGUUUUAUGUGACAAUUGAAUUGGCGAGAGAAAUGGUUGGCAUGUUGGGUGACCUAGGAGCCGUCCAGUUUCGAGAUUUGAAUUCGAAGCUCACCCCUUUUCAACGAACAUUUAUCAAUGAGUUAAAGUCUAUUGACACAAUGGUUAGUCAAUUGACAUUCCUUCGAUCAAUAAUGACAACAUUGGGUACAGUAACGGGCGACUUGCACGUAAAUUUAAGGGCAGAUAUGAAGCCCAUGCCUUCGACUUCGGAGAUGGACCAGUUCAAAGCCAAAUUGAAUGAUUACCAUGAAAGAAUCAAACAUUUGAAUCAUUCAUAUGGCAAUUUGGACAGUCAGAAACUCAAGUACAUUGAAAAUCGAUAUGUUAUAAAUAUACUCAACAACUUCCACCGGUCGACGUUGGUGGAGAAUGACCAUGAACACUAUGGUGAUCACGAAGACAAUAGUGAACUCGAUAGUGAAAUUGCCCUUUUAAAUACACGCCGGAGCAAUAGUUUGGAGUUGGGCUUAGAAAUUCACAACUGGGAGGAGUCCAAUUUUAAUUCAAUUGCUGGAACAAUUGCAAGAGACAAGGUACCGGUUUUGAGGAAUAUAUUAUGGAGACUUUUACGAGGCAACUUAUAUUUCCACGAUAUCCCUAUUGAUGAGGAAUUCCCGCUAAAUGAUAAAUCGACCGAGAUGGUUUACAAAAACGUAUUCAUUAUCUUUAUUCAUGGUGAUGUAUUACGUUCAAGGGUGCGGAAGAUUAUACAAUCUUUGGAUGGGAUCAUUUUUGAUAAUGCAACGGGAAACUCGGAAGCAAGGAGAGCGACGUUGGAUGAGAUCAACGGUAGGAUUGAGGAGUUGACAAAUGUCGUAGACAGCACCAAAGACCAACUAAUUACUGAAUUAAAGGUUUUCCAAGAGUUGUACCCUGACUAUUCGUAUAUUGUCCAGCGAGAGAAAUUAGUGUAUGAGACCUUAAACAAAUUUGAUGAGGAUAGUACUAGAAGAUGCUUGGUUGGAGAAGGGUGGAUUCCCUCGAUUGAUUUUGAAAAAAUACGAGGCGCACUACGAAAGUUGGUGAAAGUCAAGACAAGGCGUGACCGUGGGUCUCCUAAUGCGUCGAAUGACUCGCUAGAUAUAUCUGGAUCGGUUGAUGCUGAAACUGAUACAUUUAUUAUUGACGAUAGUGACCAUGACAUUUCGGGGAUAGAGUUUGACGAUGGGGGAGAGGAGACAGGGUCAUUAAUUGCAGUAGUGAAUAAGCUCACGACCAACAGAACGCCACCAACGUACCACAAGACAAAUAAGUUUACCGCUGCUUUUCAGCUGAUUAUUGAUGCUUAUGGUAUUGCCACAUAUGAGGAGGUUAAUCCGGGCUUAGCGACUAUUAUAACUUUUCCCUUUAUGUUUGCUAUUAUGUUUGGUGAUUUAGGUCAUGGGUUUAUUGUCUUGUUAAUGGCGUUAUACUUGAUCAUCAACGAAGUGUCCUUUGGCGCAAUGCGUAACAAGGAUGAGAUUUUCGAAAUGGCCUUCAAUGGUAGAUACAUAAUAUUGUUGAUGGGGCUUUUCUCCAUGUAUACUGGCUUCAUUUAUAACGAUAUUUUUUCCAAGUCAAUGGCUAUAUUCGGGUCGGGGUGGGAGUAUGUAUUCCCUGACAACUAUGAUCCGCAAAAGGGAGGAACCUUGACGGCAACUAAAGUUGAGGGAAAGACGUAUCCCAUUGGUCUUGAUUGGGCAUGGCAUGGAACGGAGAACAAUUUAUUGUUUACUAACUCGUACAAGAUGAAGCUUUCAGUUUUGAUGGGAUAUGUUCACAUGAACUAUUCUUUGAUGUUUAGUUUGGUGAAUUACUUGUAUUUCAAAAGAAGGGUAGACAUAGUUGGAAACUUUAUUCCCGGUUUUCUUUUUAUGACAAGUAUAUUUGGCUAUUUGGCAUUGACAAUUGUGUACAAGUGGUCAGUUGAUUGGUUGGGUAGUGGUAAACAACCCCCCGGGUUGUUGAAUAUGUUGAUCAACAUGUUUUUGUCGCCAGGCACGGUUGAGGAACAGUUGUAUCCAGGACAAAAAUUUAUUCAAGUGGUGUUGGUUCUUAUUGCACUCAUUUGUGUACCUUGGUUGUUGAUUUACAAGCCAUUGACGUUGAAGAGACAAAAUGACAAGGCAGUAAGAUUAGGAUACUCGGAUUUACAUUCGCAAAGGAACCACUCGCUCAUGUUGCAUGAAGAGGAGGCGGCAUUGGAGUUGGAACAUGAAUUGAAUAACGACCCAACUGACGAAGAGCCAGAAACAGAUGACGAAUUCAGAUUCCCCAAUGAUAUUGAGCCAAUGUUCCACUCUGCGGCUGCACAUGGAGAUGAUCACGGAGAAUUUAAUUUUGGUGACAUUGUCAUUCAUCAAGUGAUUCACACUAUUGAGUUUUGUUUAAACUGUGUUAGUCAUACAGCGUCUUAUUUGAGAUUGUGGGCACUUUCAUUAGCACAUGCACAGUUGUCGACAGUGUUGUGGUCCAUGACCAUCCAAAAUGCAUUUGGUAAAACUGGUGCCGUUGGGAUUAUUGCUACUGUGGUUUUAUUUGCCAUGUGGUUUCUGUUGACUGUGUGUAUCUUGGUUCUUAUGGAAGGUACGUCUGCCAUGUUGCAUUCGUUGAGACUUCAUUGGGUCGAAGCAAUGUCGAAAUUUUUCGAGGGGGAAGGGUAUGCCUAUGAGCCGUUCAAUUUUAAGUCUAUAGAUGUAUAG